AUGAAUUGCCUUCAGACUCUUCCCAGAUCCUCUGCUUUGCCACUGCAAAGCCUGAGCAGUAAUUUUGGGAAGCGUUGGUGCCCUAUAGCUUUAUUGGGGAUUGUAAAAGGCGUUGCUUUACCAAGAUCAUGUGGCGUCGUUGCUAAGGCAGUUUCUGGUUCAGCAGCCAGCACAGAAAACGAGCAUCCGAAAAUGGAUGAGAAAUCCGAAACAUACAGUCAUGACAUGACUGCAGCUAUGGGAGCUGUUUUGACGUAUAGGCAUGAACUUGGAAUGAACUACAACUUCAUUCAACCCGACUUGAUCGUGGGAUCAUGCUUACAGGCUCCGGAGGAUGUUGACAAGCUUCGAAGUAUUGGGGUGAAAACAAUAUUCUGCUUACAACAAGACUCGGAUCUUGAGUACUUUGGCGUCGAUAUUGCUGCCAUUCGUGAAUAUGCCAACAGUUGUGGUGACAUUCAGCAUCUACGUGCCGAAAUUAGUAGAGCUAUCCAUGACUCGAAUGAUACAAUUGAGACAAGUCUCUUUCCUGUCUGUUUGCAGAGUAAGAGGUCAUGCUUUCCAAAAUUGGACGCUAUCAAAAGUGCAACUGCAGAUAUUCUUACAGGUCUUAAAAGGCUGCCUGUGAAACUAACAUGGUACGGUGAAGAUUGUUCAACUGUGGAAAUCUCGGGACUCGAUAUUGGAUGGGGACAGAGAAUAUCUUUGGCCUAUGACGAAGAACAUGGUUUAUGGAUUCUUCAUAGAGAACUGCCUGAAGGGCGUUAUGAAUAUAAGUACAUUGUGGAUGACAAAUGGACUUGCAACGAAUACGAGCUUGUAACUAGUCGGAACAAAGAUGGACAUGUCAACAACUAUGUCGAGGUUCUUGACGAUGACCCGAGCAGCAUUAGCGCUUCAAUUAGGAGUCGGUUAGCCUGUGACGAGCCUGAACUUUCGACAAGUGAACGUCUCAUCAUUAGACAGUUUAUCGAAACUUACUCGGAUGAGGAUUAA